AUGACACAUACCCUCCCCGAGCUCCCCCUAGAGUUAUGGCAGUACAUAUUCGCACUCAUAGCCCGCGUGCCCGGAUACCUCGACAUCGACAUGGACGACCCCUUUGGGCCCUGGCAUGACCGCUCCUUCAGUGCGUCCCGCGAGCUUCAGCGGAACAGGCGCGUCCUUGUCUCCGUGUGCCACUCGUGGUAUAACGUCGCAAUCCAGUUCUGUUGCGAGCACCUCAUCAUCCGCACAGCCGACAGGCUUUUUCACAUCCUCUACGCCUUUGAGGAGAGCGAGCGGCACCGUUGGCACGAGGCCCCGCUAGGCACGUACACGCGCCGCAUAGACCUGCACAUUCAACAGCCGUCGCCUGAGGCACAGCAAGCUGUCGCUGAGCUGUUACGGUACACGCCGAACCUUGUCAUAUUCAUCAAUAACAACUACUCACUCGGCGAAGGACAGUCUCGCAGCCCGCCGCCACUCACCGUGCCCGGCGAGGUCAUCGAGGCCCUGUCGACAACGUGCUGGGAGACCAUCAAGCGCGUAGAAUGGAAUAAGAAUGAGGUUCCGUCUUGGCCAGACCUUAUGCUCCUCUUCGAACGCGUCCCGAACCUCGUCACUCUCUCCGUCUCGAACGUCCUCGGUGUUGGUCGCACAGGCGAACUUCCCAUGCCAGGUCAAGCAUACAGAGCCGCACCCGGCGGCCCACAGCUCGUCCUCCCAGCACUACGAAACCUCUUUCUCGGCGACCACCCCUCCUUCUCGCACGCCUCGCUCGGGAACAUGCCUCUAUACACCCUCCUCCGCCUCCUCUCGAACAACACCGAGCAGCUGCCCUCCCUCGUCCGGUUCGACGGCUUCUCGCCCCUAUACCCCGACUUCCUCGCAGUCCACGGCCCCAAGAUCCGCACGAUCCGCACCGUCGCGCACACGCCGCUCAUACCGCAGAUCCUCGGCCACCUUCCGCAGCUCGACACGCUCGUGCUCAUGUUCCCGCACCACGACUUCGGCAACGCGCGUCUCGAGCACGCGACACUCCGCCGCGUCGCGAUCGUGCCCAUAUCCGAAGAGCACGUGGGCGUACCCGAGCGCAUAUUCAGCACGAUGGUGAUGGCGCCCCUCGGCGAGCUCAUUAGCGCGCUCGAUGUGGCGCGGCUGCCGGCGCUGCAGAGGGUGCGGAUAAAGAAUGUGGGCACGCUCGAGAAUAUCACGGCGCAUCCGAUCUUUCUGGAGCAGUGGUGGCGCAGGUGGAAUAUCCGUGGCGUACGCUUCGAGGAUAAGAACGGCGACUCGUAUCAAUAUGCUCUGCCGGAUCAAGAUGUCGUACUGAACGCCGUGCGCGGAAACUAG